GUACAACACUAGUACGGAGCCAUUUUAUUUUCCUAGUUAUUCUUUGAUUUGCUAUAAGAAGAAAGGGUUAGAAAAGUUUGUGGAAUUGUGUAUAUAUAUCUGAAGAAAAAACAGAAAAGUUAUUAAAAUAUGUCUCAUGAAACUGAAAUUCAAGGAGGUGGAAUAGGUUAUCAACCCAAGAUAAAUGAUGUUGCCCAAAAUUUCUUGGUUGAUCUGCAGAAGGAACGCUCUCGUCUAACGGAAGAUUUUCCAUUGUGUGCUCUUUUAAUUGAUGAAGCUUUCGAUCGAGUUUAUUCUACUGGGCGUAUACCCGGCCGCGAAUUUUAUGCCGAUGUACUCAAGCAAAAGCCAAUGAAACUUACCCAAAAGGUGUUUGUGCCAGUAAAACAAUAUCCGAAAUUUAAUUUUAAUGGAAAAAUUUUGGGACCCAAAGGAAAUUCCCUUAUUCGCCUGCAGGACGAAACACAAUGUAAGAUAACUAUCAAGGGCCGUAAUUCCAUGCGUGACAAGGUUAAGGAAGAAGAAUUGCGAAAAUCAGACGACCCACGUUUUAGUCAUUUAAAUAAGGAUUUAUUUGUGGAAAUAAGUACAGUAGCCACACCAGCCGAAUGCUAUGCUCGUAUUGCGUAUGUUUUGGCCGAAAUUCGCAAAUAUCUAAUACCCGACAAAAAUGAUGAAGUCUCACACGAACAGUUACGUGAAAUAAUGGACAUCGAUCCUGAGAUGGCUAAAGCUGGAUAUGGAGGUAAACCGGAAAUAUACAAAACUGUAUUUGACAAAACUGAAGGUUCAAAAGGAACACGGAAAUAUUUAGAAUUUUUGAAGCAUACUUCAAAUGCAGAGCGAGAGGAAUUGGAAGACGAAUAUGAGUAUGAACAUAUUUCACAUGGCCCACCACCAAAACGCCCUUCAAAUUCAAGUGGUUAUGAAUAUAUUAAAGUUUUGCUUCUCGUUCUGGCGCGUGUAACGGUUCCUUAAAUCCUAAAUUGGUGGACUACCAUUUAUAACUCGACGUAUGAACUGGUGCAGAACUAUUAUAACUCUUGAUAUUAAUAAUAAAGUUUAAGCGUUCCAGCUUCUUAUAUGAUGAUAUAGGUCGACUAUGGACUUGAUUCGAUGUGGGUUAACCUGGCAAUUUGUGGGUCGUUAGAUUCCGCCAUUAAACUUUAAAUUACAAAAAAAAAUAGGUAUGAAAAAUUUGUUAGUAUUAAUGUAUAUUAAUUUUUUUUAUACAAAAAUAAAAAGAAAGCCUCGUGGCCAAUAACUUUCGUUUAAUAAAAGAAAAGAAAAAUAUAAAUAAUUUAAAA